AUGACGCUCGCCGAGGAGUUCCGCUCCAGAAACUUCAGUAUCUACGGACAAUGGACGGGCGUUCUGUGCAUUCUUCUCUGCCUUGCGCUCGGAAUCGCCAACAUCUUCACCCUGCAUCCGCUGCGGAUUGUGUUUAGUGUACUUUGCCUAGUCUCCGCCUUUGUCAUCGUCUUCAUCGAAGUGCCCUUCCUCCUGAGAAUAUGCCCGACCUCGUCCAAGUUUGACGAGUUCAUCCGCCGCUUCACUACCAACUGGAUGCGCGCGGCCAUGUACUUGGUUCUCAGCGCUAUCCAGUGGGUCAGUCUGGUGGCUGGCGGUUCCAGCCUGAUCGUCGCGGCCGUGUUCCUGCUUAUUGCGUCGUGUUUUUACGCGCUCGCCGGUCUCAAGAGCCAAGAGUUUGUCGGCAGCAAGACUCUGGGUGGCCAGGGUCUUGCGCAGAUGAUUGUUUAGAUGGAUAAGUUUGUGGAUAUGCUUGUGGAUAUGCUUGACUAGUUCUUGGAUAGAACUAAUGUCAGCAGUCGGCAGUCAGCAGGUUUAGUGAAGGUCUGGGGGGGGUGGUAAAAGCAGGAAAGCAGAGAGCAUGCUCUCUCUUCGUCAAGAGGAUGGGAAAAGCUUUUCUUUUCUUGCAUGAACGCGAUAUGACUACUGCAAGUGUUGUUGGAUUGUCUUCUCUUUUUGUCGGUUCCGAUGAGAUUGCCCCGAGUUCUGUAUUUUUAUGCAUGCGAUAGCCUCGGCGGGGCCAUUAGGUCCAUUCUUGUUUAAUAGUUGUAUGCAGAUAGAUGGGCAAUUAUUGAGUAUGUAUUAUCUUGACAUAUUUCUCAUGAUGUUUAAUACAGUGCUAGAAACGACAGAGCCUAGAAUGAGCUCAUUCGUAUUGAUAGCCCUGUUG